CAACCACAGCAUCCCUUCGUCCGGCCCCUCAGGGAACCCAGCAGCCCAGCACACUCCAAUCCAUUUUUACCAGCGAGGCCUUGGGGUAAAUAAUAGAGACAAUGAAAACUGUGAUAGUGUUCCUCGUCCUUCUUGCCACAGUCUUCUGUCACCCGGUGAAACGCUCGGUCAGUAGCUCAGAGAGCUCAGAGGAAGUGGUGAGGCUGAAAGCAGACCCCAUGCUUCAGAAUGCUGCACCGCCACAGACUAUGACAGUGGGGUCUGACGAGAGUCCUGACAGCUCAGAUGAAGCACAGCAGUCAGACUCAGCAUCAGAUGACAGUGCGGACACAGAUGAGAAUGACACAGAGUCUGACGAAAGUGAGGAGUCCACUGAGUCCCCCACCCAAUCCCCCUCCGAGCCCCCCACAGAACCCCCCGUCAUCUGGGAGACCACGCCGGAGCCCGUCACCGACAGCGGCCGAGGGGACAACCUCGGCUACCCCAGCAACUACAAGAAGGACAUCAUUUACGUGGAGAGCAACAGCAUCAAUAAGGGCUACUCCCCCUACAAGUACUACGACAUGGAGAAGGCCGUGGAGAGCAUGGGCCUGGUGAGCAAGAAGGCGCCUGUGUACGACGCCAAGGGCGGGAACGACAUUGAGAAGAACCUGAAAGUGUACAAGCAGGCCCUGCAGGUGCACGAGGAGGAGGAGGAGGACGCCAGCACACCCGAGGUGGAGAGCCAGGGCCUGGACUCCGCCGGCGGGAUGGCCAAGGAGCCCGCCUUCCGGCAGGCCGACCUGGAACCCGAGGCCGCGGCCGGGGAGCCCGCGGGGGCCGAGGAGAGUGCCAGCGCGGGGGAGAGUGACAGCUCCAGCUCCAGCACCAGCGAGGAGGAGGGGGACGAGUCCCAGAGCAGCCAGAGCAGUGAGGAGACCACGGCCACGCCCGCAGACUCCUCCCAGAGCUCAGAGAGCCAGGAGGGCACCUACACCGACGCGCCCGUCAUCAUCAUCGCCAAAUAGAAGCACCCCUGAGUCCCGCAAAGAUGCUGUCGACAGUGAAGAAUGCAAACUCUCUCGGAGGGGCGUACGCCAAAACCGCAGCUUGCCUCUCUGCCACCGCCCAACGGGCAGUCAAGAUCAGACACCACGCGGAACAACAGGCUCCGUGCCCUGUUACUGCAAUAGCUGUAAAGAGCAUUACCGUUUCCUGCCUCUAACACAUAAUAAUCCAUCAUUCUUUCUUAUUUUUAUUUGUUCAUUGCACAAUAAAUCACACUAUGAGGUUAUUUUGUUGAAAGGUGUUUUAUGAGGGUCUUGUCUUUUUGGAUCUUUUAGCCAAUUGCUGGGAAAAAUCUCAAAUGUUCUGUUGAAAAUACAUGAACAGGGGUUAUGUUACGACUGCAAAAGUCAUUAGUAUGUUUCAUUUAUUCACAAUAGCACUCACACAACAACAGCAUAACACCAAUAUAUAAAAAGCUUAGUUUAUUAACAUUGUAAAACAUUGGAAGGGUCGUGCAGCUUACAAAACCCUUACAAGAAAAACAGUUAUGUGUUUACAAUAAUAGAAAUAAAAUGUGUGAUCUUAAUUGACUGAUUACACAAUUGUAUCUAAAAGUAUAUAAGUUGACAAAGUCAAUAUUUGUAAUCCUAUUACACACUCAGUGUCUGUAUCAUUUACUUAUCUUGCCCAGACAGAGCACAAACAUUAUUUUCUGUAGGUCAGAAAAUGCACAUUUCAAGUGCCAUCCACAAAAGUGCAUUAUUACUAGCUCUGAUGCGGUCACAGUAGUUGGGGUGACAUGGCUCAGGCAGUAAGAGCAGUCGUCUGGCAGUCAGAGGGUUGCUGGUUCGAUCCCCCGCCCGGGCUGUGUCGAAGUGUCCCUGAGCAAGACACCUAACCCCCAAAUGCUCCUGACGAGCUGGUCGGUGCCUUGCAUGGCAGCCAAUCGCCGUUGGUGUGUGAGUGUGUGUAUGAAUGGGUGAAUGAGAAGCAUCAAUUGUACAAUACAAUACAAAAUGCUUUGGAUAAAGGCGCUAUAUAAAUGCCAACCAUUUAUGAUCUCAUAGCUGUUCCUUCCAGUUUUUAAUAAAGUGGACUAAAGUGUGAAGUGAAAGUGGUGUCACCAUAAAUAUGCCCAUGCCGCAAUAGUUCAAAUAAAUCAUAACUACAGUCUG